AUGGCGCACACCGGAGCAGACACGAGUGACCCGGAUGGCCUGCAAUCAGCUACCAAAAUGCCACUCACGACUUCAUCUUCAGCAGCCAUGCCGUACUCGCCAGUCACUACCACAAGCACGCUCGGAGGACAGCAGAGCAGCCCAGGUCUCCUGAAGGCAAUAUCGCAAGACUUCAGCAUGCCACCCUCAACGACACUUGCGGUGAUCUCCGCGCGCUCUUCGACAACAUCAAGCUACCCACCAGAGGACGCAUCCGCCACAGAAGGUUUUACUCCACAAACGUUCGAGAAGUGUCUCCAAGUGCUCGAAACGGUGGAGCUUUUGGAGAUGAUUCUCUUCGCCCUACCAACCAAGGUUCUCCUCUUCGCUCAGAAAGUUUCCACGCAGUGGAAGGAUGUCAUGGACAACUCGCUCAAGCUGCAGCAGGCACUGUUCUUCACAAGCAUCUCUGAUGACCUACUCGAUGUCUCGGAGGGCGAGAAGAGGUAUGCUCAGGUGGUCAAUAAUCCUCUCCUGGAUGGUCUCCAGAGAGUGCCUCUUGAGUUUGAACCAGGAGACACAUUUCUCGGGGGCGCCAGUGGCGCGGCUAUGCUUCACCGAUCCUGGUUGCACAAGGACGCCAGCUGGAAGCGCAUGACACCCACACAACCUGCGAUAAGCCACCACAUGUGGUUGAUACUAGGUCUGAGCCCAGUGCGGGUCACCAAAGAGUUGAUGGGCAAAGACCCAGACCAGGCGGUCAAGAACUGGGCGGCCAAGUAUGCUUACAGCCCCUUUUGGGACGACUGGCAAGAGAUCAAUCAAGCAGACGAGAAGAUGUUCCUGGGCGACGUCAUAGAAGCCAUCGACGUAAAGCUGGGACUCCUUCCAACCAAGCUGGCUUGUGCUAGCACGAUCUGCGACAUGACCGGGGAGCUUCCGACUCUGGAGAGCAACGACGAGUUGGAGGAAAUGAUCGAGCAUGCGAAGAGUUGCGAGCAUUCGGACUUCUGGAGCAAUUGCUCACACAGACAGACAAAGAUCGAGAAGGAGGAGCAGAAGAGGAGGCUGGAAUACAAGUUUCUCCUCGCAAAAUCCGACACUGAGGAGGACGAUUGA